AUUUCGCCUCGCGGCCGGCCCGGGCCGUCGUCGCCGCGUGCGCCCCGGAAGCGGAAGCGGAGCCCGGCGCUGCUGGAAGCGGAGCCGCCGCCGUUACCGCCGCAGGAUGAACGCGCCGCCCGCCUUCGAGUCCUUCCUGCUCUUCGAGGGGGAGAAGAAGAUCACAAUUAAUAAGGAUACAAAAGUACCAAAUGCCUGUUUGUUUACAAUCAACAAGGAAGACCACACACUUGGAAAUAUCAUCAAAUCGCAAUUACUGAAAGACCCUCAGGUGUUGUUUGCAGGAUACAAGGUCCCACAUCCUCUGGAACAUAAAAUCAUCAUUCGAGUUCAGACCACUCCUGAUUACAGCCCCCAGGAAGCUUUCACCAAUGCUAUCACAGACCUGAUCAGUGAACUCUCCCUUCUGGAGGAGAGAUUCAGGGUUGCUAUCAAAGAUAAACAAGAAGGAAUUGAAUAGAAACAUGAAGCUUCAAGUGGACUUUUUUUUUAACCUGAAUUGUGUUUAUAAAUAAGUUUUUGUUUUCAUUAUAGUGGAUGUGACUCUACUUCAUUUAAUUCUUACGGAAAAAGUUUAAAAUAAUCCUUAAUGUCUAACUAAAAAUUAGGGCCACUGUUGUUGGUUUGCCCAGAGAAAGCAGUAUUAGAUUUCUGUACAGGAUAAAUUAUUUGCUGGUAGGAUGGUAAGUGUAUCAGUUGAGCUAUUAAACUUUUUUCAAAGCUG